GGCAGAGGAGCACUGUGAAGUCAUCUAGAGCUGGAUUAGGACCACAGAACAGGACAGCUGUGAAUCUACAUUGGACCAAACCAAACAGGAUUCCUAAAGAUGGAAAAUGAACAAACAGAAACAGAGGAAAGGGCGGAAGAUGAGUUACAAGGUAAAGAUAAAGAACCCCACCAGACCUGAGCUCAUUGUCUUUUAGAAAAAUUAGAUUUUAGUCAUUCUGCUGCAAACCACAGGGAUAGCAAGCAAAUUAAAUUUAUCAUAUCAAUCAUUGUUUAUUUGUGAAAUAUCUACACAAAUUUCAAGAACCUACAUUCAAAUAUGUUUGUUUUUUCUGAGUAAAAAUCCAAGCCCAGAUAUUGAGUUAACAACGAAAUAGAGCAAGAAAAAACUACAUAUUUAGUUCUCUUAAGAAAUCACACAAUUUGCAAAGACUAUUGUUUUCAUUUAGUUAAGUUUUGGUUUGAUUUUGGUUCUUAUGCUCAUUAUUUGUUUGAACCUUAUUGACUCUGAAUUGUUUGGACUGGAGCACUGACUCAGACUGCGAAGAUUCAUUGAUUCCACUGGUGCCACAAAAUUAGGACCUAUAUUUGAUCAACUAUACUGUCUCUGCAAUCAUUUUCAAAUUGGUUUAUAUUUAUUGAUCAUUAACAUAAAAAUAAAAUGUACAUCUUUAAACAAGCUACAUUUACAGAGAUGAAAAAACAUUACCCUCAGAAGCCUAAAAAAAAACAGGUCAAAAAGGACCAAUGCCAAAUAACAAAAAUCCCAAAUAUCCAAUGAUCAAGUCACCUGAUAUAUUUGUUUAUGGGAAGACAAAAAAAAUUCAAAGUAAAAAGAAAUUAUGAUAAGAUUUUCUUUCUUUUUUUUUCAGGUUAAUCCCAUAAAAAUUUGAAGAAGAAAAAAAAAUUUCUAUAUAUAUAUAUAUAUAUAUAUAUGUAUAUAUAUAUAUAUAUCCUGUCUGAUAGGCUAGGCCUGUGGAUGUCAGUCAGCCAAGCCCUUAACCAUGCUUGCUUUAUGGUCAAUGAAACCUUAAUAAAGUCAUAACUUGUAUAACUUGUAAAAUGGUUUAAUUUGACUUGAAACUACAUUCUGACACUGUUGACCUAUUGACAGAUACAGUUAAAAUAGUUACUGCUGUUACAGCGAUGUAACAACAUUUCAUUAUCUGGUUGCAAACAGCAGACUUCUUUUGAAGACAGUCACCUCCUGUCGACUUGUGGAGAGUAUGCAGGUUCGAAGCAUUAACUCCACUUUCAAGUGUCUGUCUACUGAAAUAUUCAGACUGUGGCUCUUAUAAAAAAUAUAUUUUGAAAGUUCAAUCUCAGGGCAAAAGCCAGAAAUAGUUUCACUGGGAAGUGUUCUCUGGAUUUCCUGUCCAGUGUGUUUCAGCAUCACAUUGUAUAAUGUUAUUCUUUUAGAACUGAUUUCAUUAGCAAAUGAAUUUAAAUCAACUUACAGCAGAAUUUGAGGGAAACAAUGCGUGUUUUAUUUGUAUGUUAGUUAUAGAAUAACUUUUUGGUUUUAUAAUCGUUCCAAUUCAUCCAUUUUUUUCUUUCAGCCUCAGGUCACUCUGGGACAAUGUGGCUCAAUGUUGACAUCUUAAAAGCCAAUCUUUUUGCAUAGCAACAACUGCAACAAUAUCAUGGCGCCAGAGGAAAGUCGUCAUAAUGCAAAUCCUGCAGACAGAAGGACUCUGUUCUUUCACGCUAUAUUCCCUCUUUUUGCUCUUUGACAGUUACAUGUGUCAUGGAUUACAGAUGUGGCAAACUGCGCCUGAAGGCCUUGUCAGUUACGCAUAUUAAUGUAUGCUAAGUGCAUAUUUCGGAUGACCCUCGGCAAAGUUAACAGCAACCUCAUCCAGUGAACUUUUCUCAACAAACAGCCGCAUUGUGCUUUCAUACAACCAGUUAAUUGUGUCUAAAUGCAUUUCACUUAUAAGUAAAAUCCGUCAUAAAUCUGAAUUUCCUCUUACAGCACUUUCCUGCAGUUCCAUCAUAUUGUUGACUCAAGAGUAACAAACCAGUGGGGAUAUCUGUGUUCAUCUGUGGGAAUCAGCUGUUUACAGAGAAAUAACUCUUCUUUAGCAGGAAAACUGAUGCUCAAGCUUGAAGAGGGCUUACAAAAACUGCUCAAUCUUUGCUCUCUUGAACCUUAUUGAGCAAAUCUCCACCUUUGUCAAUCAAAAAAAAAUCACUUAUCAACAUUCAGAUGAAUGUAAAUGUACCUGAGUCAGACAAAAAAGUCAGCUGUUUGAACAAACAUUCAUAUCAGUCAACAAAUCAGCUUUCUAACCAAGUCACCUAAAUGUGUAAAGGUUUCAGUUUUAUUUCUGAAGACCAUUUGCCAAUGCAGCUUUAUGAAAUUUGUGGUGUGUAAUUUUACAAUUCUUUGUCUAAUCCCAGCAGUAGGCUAAUAAGUAAGAGAUUAAGUGAUUGUUGAUUAAACAGGUUAUUGUUCAUUGUGGCUAUUUGCACUCUGCACUAAAAUUGAUCUCUUCCUCAAUGUUUGAAGGACUUAUUUCUCCUCACAUUUCCCCCUCUGUACAAUCCAAAAAUUCAACACACCAUUACUGAAAUCAACCUUUUCUAAAGUGAGCUGUUGCCUUUCUUGAAGUGUGUCAAAGCUGUGUUUCUUUUUCUUACAGAAAAUGAAGAAAAUGUGGAGGAGGCUAACCUGGAGAUCGCUCAGGUAAUGAACAACUCCUCUUUUCCAAAUGUCAGUCAGCACUUCAGCUUUGUUGCCUUGUAUGGGUCAAUAAUAACACUGCCAACAGCUUUCAUUAGAUCAUCAUCUCGCUGGGUAUUAGCAGAUCUGGUCUGGUCUAAUCUCCUCUCCUUCACACCUGCCCUCCAUUUCUGGGAGCAGAGGGCCAAACUCUCCUUCAAGGAAACUUAAAGAGAUUUGCUGUGUUGGUUGAUCUUUAGCUGACUGAGCUUUUAAGCUGUUAUAAACAGCUUAAAAAGUGGAGACUUGUUUCAACAAGCCUGAUAGGCCUGUUUCUGUAAAUAAGUCAUUGAGAGGGGAAUUUUGAAACUACUUUGAGGCAUGUUUUGGCGAAGGACUAACAAUGUCUGAUAUGCUCCGUAAAUUUGGAGUGGGGAUCCUUUUAUUUGACAUUCAGGGUCAGGAUUUCAAUAAGUCGAAUACAUAAAACAACACAAAGAAGAUAUAGUCAAAUAAAACUCACAGCACUUCCACACACUGCCUUGAGAGCUUGAAUUCCCCCCUUGACACCUGGCAGCAACCACCUUUACACACCUUUAUGUAGGCUUUAACACAGUGCUGGUGUCAAGUUCACUAAUGAAAUAUACACAUCACUGUUUCACUGUGUCUCAUAUAGUUAUGAAAUAAACUACCUCCAAAAAUAAGUUUCACAGGAUUUAGAAUUUUUUUUUUUUUUUAUCUAACUCUUUGGCCAUGUGACAGUGACGUGUAAUCAACUGAGGACUUACAACAAUCAUUACGGUCAUCAGACCAGAUAAAGGUCAAAGUUCAGUUUUCAUUUGUUCUUCAGGGCUCUUUCGACACUCUUGGUUAGAGGAAUAGAGACACAAUUGAGCAGUUCAACAUGAAUGAGCCUCUGGCUUUUUACAUUUGUGAUGUUCAUCUUUGAUGUGACUUAAAACACAGAUACACAGAUAACUGGAUUUUUUAAAUAUCAGAGAGGACUCAAUGUGCCCAUGGUGGAAAGAGCAACAGUGUGGUUUUAUAUUCAAUUUUCCAUUUAAGAACAUGGUGCUAUUCCGUUCAGGGCACAGACUGGCUAUUUAUGUCAUUCAGGGAACAGUUUAGGAGCUUUUUUGUUCCUUUUUAAAACAAAUGUCACUUCAUGUAUGAAGUGGCAACAGACUUCCCUCUGUUUGCUUGACUUUAAUCUCUGCAAAGUCCUGUGAUAUUUGAGGAGAUAAUAUUUUCUUAUGGCAGUAAAGCAAAGUAACAUGUUUGGGAUUUGAUUGUUGCUCUUGGUUUUUAGAAGGUUUUUUUUAUGGUUUAGCUCUCUCAGAGGGCUUGUGUAGUUUAUAUGGUGUUUUGGAAAACCCUUCAGCAGGACCUAAAAGUUGCUGCACAGUAAGAUAACACUGGGAUAACACUCUCACUGAGUUGAACAGGAGGAAACUUAUCUUUCAAAGCCCCUGGAGGAACUUUUGAUUUCUGUUGAUUUUGGCGCCUCCUGUGGACAAAGUGUUAUCCUCGUCACUUUGCAGAUUUUCUUUUCUUAUGCAUGUGCAAGUAUGUUGGAAGAUUUGCUGUCACAAAAACUAAUCUCAUUUUCUUUGGCCAGUCUAAAGUUUUAGUCAUUAAAAAAUCGUAGAAUUGGUAAAUGUAAGAAGGUUUGUUUUUGCAGUAUUUUGUAAAUCCUUUAUCAGAUGCCAUCCCCGUGGUAGCAGCUUCAGGCAAUAAAGAAAAGGCUACGAAGUAAUGAGCUGAUGGCCUCAUUUGCUUUUGUAACUCAUUCAGGGACGUUCCUCUCUUUCGUCAGCAGCUUAUGACCCUCACACAGGCUUUGAUCAGAUCUCAUCAUGAGGCAUUAAGAGGCUAAUACUGGCUGAAUUGCUUUAGUUAAACACCGGUUCAAUCAUAAAAUACAAUGUUCUUCCACAAAUUAUGGCAUAAAAACACAGCAUCUUCCAGUUUUUAACUUCAAAAACACAAACCCUGCGAAACAACACAAAGAACACCACAGCAAAGUGGUCACUCAGUCUGCUACAAAGCAUGACACUAUCAUAACAUCGUCAUAAAAAACGUGUCAAGACAUGAAAUAUUCCUGUUUUUGAGUCCUUUGGUGAGAGGAUUUACCCAAGGCCUCCAAAGUUCACAUGUUGAGUUACAUCCUCAUAAAUUGGCUUAUUUGAACAGUAUGGCUGCAGCGUUCUAUAAACUUUCCAUAGAUGCAAUGAAAUACUGAGACCUUGUAUGUGAUAUUCAUAAAGUUGUGGCUCUUCAAAUCUGUAAUCCUCCCAGGUGUACAGAGGCGCAGUAGCACCCUGAGUCACAGAUAGCAUCAGAGAGGAAGAGGAGCAGAGGGCACAGUGGACAGAUGCUCUAUUCAGCCGGCUGCCUGAUGCCUUUCACAUGACCUAGGGAGUGUGAGCAAAAGAGAGAGAGAGAGAGAGAGAGAGAUGGAAAGAUUUGAGGAGAGGGAGAGCAGAUUCAACCCAUGUUAUGUUCCCACGAGAUGAUUCUGUUAUCUCUGCAGGCAAAAAAAAUCAAAUAGCUUUGAAAAGAAAAAAGAAAGAAAGUCAGGAUCCACCCUACAGAAAACCAUAAAAAAAGAACAAAAACAAAAAAAAAAUGCAAAAUGAAAUAAAAACAAAGAUGAUAAGUUGCGAAAAUCAAGACAAUUUUAAGGAAAAAAAAACAGAAUGAAAGAAGAGAAUAAAGUGCACUUCACAAAAGAAGGCUCUAAGCAGAAUACUGACAACAACAGCAGGGGUUCAAAAGUUCAGCAUCAAUGCAGAGACAAAUCAACAAUUGGAACGGAUAUAUAAAGAUCCCAUAAAGAUCCCACUGAUAGUUCUUCUAGAAACACAUAAAAUAAGUAAUAAUGAGUCUUGAGAGAAGUUUCAUGGUCCAUAAAUAACAAGUGCAAAAAAGCCCCCCAAACUGGUACACAACAGAAAAAGGAAACACAAAUGUUGAUUAUUCUAUUGCAAUGUUUGGGCUUUUAAAAAGUUUUGUGAAUUAAAAUAUUUUCUCCUGUAGUUGUUUUAAGAGAUCAGCAGCCCCCCCAAAUUCCUCAACUUUAAAAUCCUCUUGAAUUGCAGCUGCAGGGCCUGGUGGCUGAGCUGCGUGAGGGGCUUCAUGCUGCCUUGACUGAGCUGUGCGAACUGCGUCAGAGGGACCACGGCCUGGAGGAAAAGCUCCAAGCCCACGAGACUGAUGUGGAUGAUAAGAUAAUGGGCCUCAAGAACUCCCUCAACACUUUCAAGGUGCUGGAGACACUACAGACAGCAAACACACACACACACACACACACACACACACACACACACACACACACACACACACACACACACACACACACACACACACACACACACACAGAAACAAACAGAAGCAGUCUAUUCUCGGUGAGGCAGGAAGGCAAAUGUACGAUAAUUUGGAGCAUCUGACUGAAGCUCUGUGAAACUGAUUUAAUUUAGGUGGAAAGGCAGCUGCUGAACACUCACACAGCAAUGCAGCAGCAGAGGAAACAGUCAGUCACUAUGUGAAAUUGCUUUUAAAACACACCUUUCAAAUAGUUUUUUUUAAUUAAGUGAGUGUAUAAUUGUAAUGUUUUCAUGAGAAGGUCAAAAGUGGAGUCGAACAGGCAUUUGUUAAAGUUAUAUAACAAACAUAUGGGAGUAAACUGUAUUAUAUUCAACAUGAUUAUUACAGUAUUAGUGGUGCACACAAGUGAUCCCACAAUUACGCAGGUUUUUUUUAGACUGCUAUUUUGCACAAUUUAGCAGAACUGUUAAAACUCGUCUGUUCUAUAAAGCAAAUUUUCCCCAUGUUUGGAAAUUCUUCUUCUUACACUUUAAAUGUAUUAGGCUUUAAAAAAAUGCUUUUUUCCUGAUUUGUUCCCUGAUAGCAAUCAAGGAUAUUUUCCCACAAAUCUGAUGUGGGGUCUUACAGUGUGAAAACCAACACAGAUUGUAUCAGUAUUAUCAUGUUAAAGAAUUGACACGAAUACAGUUUCAUGGUAACGUCUGCUGACAGGAGGAGCUGAAUGCGGCCUUGUUCCACAUAAAGGAUGUGUCCAGCCGGCAGAGGGAGGUGCAGAAGAGGUUAGAACAGCUCCAAUCAGAAAACAACAAAGAAUUCAUCCCUUUUCCACACAGGUAUGACUGUAACCUGCUUCUUUAUAUAUUCUAAAGUUACUUUUUAAUACAGAAAGUUAUUAUUCUUUUCAAUAUUCUUAUUUCAAAUCAACAAAUCUCCAUUCAACAUAUAACUUUGAUAGGCUUCCUGAUGCCAUGAAAGUGCUUUUCAGCCAUGCAUGGAAGAAAAAGAGGCCAAGCUCUAUUAAAUUUAGAGCAUUUUCAAAAACUGAACAUCUCUUAAAAGCAGAAAGAGUUCAAAAGCAGAUGCCCACGCAUCACCGGGGGAUGAACACAUCUUUGUACCCAGCCAGUCAGACCUCAGCGUUAUCCAGCACUUCUUCUCCAGUCUACCACAAAGUGGAUCACCACAUAGGAGCACCACAUCCACGCAGAGUGAGUCUAUGUAACAUCUAAUCUCUCAUCCAAGUUUGGACGGGGUGAGAGAAGAAGUAAAACCUGUGAGCGUGUGUCUUUGUGUGUCUGUGCGCAUUCUGCAGCCUCUUCUUCUGAUCAGGAGGCUCAGCAGAGAGGUUUUCUAUCCAAAACCCCAGCCUGGGGAGAGAGGAAGAGUAGCAGAGAUGACACGGAGACAUCCAACAACCCUACUGAAAACAGUAAGAAGCAGAUAUGUUAAUAGUUUGAAUGUUUAUAUUACUGAUACACUUCAAAUACCCUGCCAAGUGCUAAAAAAAUCACUGGUAUAGUACAGUGGAUAUGCACUUAUCCAACUGCAAACACCAGCAGAGAAGUUGUCUUAUAUAUUUGGAAAAAUGCAAGUUUUAUAAGAUUUAGAAAAUUAAUAUCUUUCUUAUGAAUGUACAUUACAUUUAAGGCUACAGUCAGUAAGACAAAAACAAAAAAUGGGGGCAAACUGAUGCCUGUAUCUUGAAGAAGCAAAAGAUCGCUGCCAAACAGCACUUGCAAACUUACAAACCUUGUAGAGUUACCAGUUAGUGUAAGGUUGCCUGGGAAACACAUAUAGCUACAGGAAGUCACUAGUCCCAAUAAGAAAUAGAAAUCAAAAUCCAUUAACUAUUUAUGGCCCUGCUUUGUUUUUUAGUAUGGAUUAAACACAGAAGAUAUUAUCUGAUUUGGAGAGUGGUAGACCAGCCGGUGUAUGUGUAACCUUUUGACAGAGCUAAGUUAUCUUUGUCCACUUUGGUUAUGUCCUAUAUGUCAAAUGUAGUGCAUCGUCCCUCUCUUCCUUAACAGCAUAGCGCAGGUGCACCCCUUCCCCUCAAAGAGCUCUCGCUUUCACUUCAUCAUGAGCAGUUCAGAAAUAAAGUAUGUAAGCACAUGGAAGUUUAGCUCCUGCUAAGAUUAAUGGUGAACUGCUGUAUCUUCAUCGUGCUGUGCAACAGUGUUGUUGAGGCAGGUGUGUGCGUCUGAAAAGCCAAAGGACAGAUUGAGCGUUAGAAAUCAGAAGCGUGCACAUGUACCAACAAGCUACCAACAACUGCCGGGCUAAAAAGUGAGAGACAUCGUUCAGAAUCAUAACAAAAUACUAGCUUUAGUCUUGACGUUACAAAAAGUUCAAUAGUUAAAGUUAACAAAGGAUAUAUACUGCGUUCCAGUCACCUCUGAAGUCAGAUGUCGGAGCUGGGAAUGACGUUACACCCGAGUUGACGGCGUUCCAGUAAACAAGUCGGAAAACAAGGAUAUACGCCUACUGUUAGCCGUUGUUAGCUGUUGUUAACAAUGGUCAGCUGUUGUUAGCCAUUGUCAAUUGUUGUUAGUCGUUGUCAGCUGUUGUUAGCUAUACUAGUUGUAAACAACGCAAAACACAGUAUUUUACUCUUACAAACACUAUAGCACCAUAGUGUUCACAGUUAGAUGUUGGGCAGUACAACAUAUACCACUUCUUUAAUUUCACAAAAAACAAAACAGAAGUGCUAAUAAAUAAUACAUUACAAGAGCUUUCACUGUUACUCUCUACUGUUAAUGCAAUACACCUUCAUCUUAGAUUAUGAUGUUGUCGUUUGUUAGGACUGUCCAAAGCUCAGAAAUCCCGAUUUCUGAGUACAACUGGAACAUACCAAUAAUACUGUAAAAAAAAGCUUAAAAGGCUGAAUGGUUUGUUAGAUGGGUAGCCUAUGACAAUAUGUAGAAAAAAACUGUUUAUUUCUCCAUAUAUUGUUUUUCAGAGAAUUCUGUCUUUUUGAAUUUGAAAAAGGUUUUGAAUUGCUCAAGUGUAUCUGAUGCAGAUAUCAAAUCAGGGAUUAUCCUUUUUGAUUAUUUUGAUUUCAAUAUCAUUAAAAUUAAUGAUAAUGGUAAUUAUUACUUUGUCAUAAUUGAGCAGCCUUACCCUAACCCUUUAAUAUAUUGAAGAUUUCAUUCAAUCUUAAAAACUGCAAAACCAACUUAAGACAUGAUAUUUUACAAAGUUUGUGUCACACUAUCCUCCGAAGACAUAUUAUCAGCCAUAAAAAAUAACUCUACUCUAUCAUAUGUGAUUGACCAAAGUUUAAGUUACAGUCUGGUUUGGAAUGUGUGCAGAUAAGAGGCAGAGGGUGGCUCUGGAGCUGCUGGAGUCAGAGAGAGUCUAUGUGUCCCACCUGUCUCUCUUACUGAAGGCCAACAUCUCUUUUAAUGGAACAGAAGCUCUCACAUCUAAAGACAAACGGUAAGCCUGUAGACACACAGUGAACCUUACAACAUGAAAUCAUAUGUAGUCAUCAGACUUCACAUAAAGAGGUCAGUUUUACAAGAACCAUGAAACAAAAAAGGGAGUCAUUUGAAUGAGGACAAGGAUCAUGCAAGAAUGACCCAACUAUCCCCUACCCAUCUAAUCUGGAAACGAUACACAGUGAACCUCAAACUCAACAAAUAAUACAGACUGCAGUCGCUUGUCUUCUGUCUUUAUUUUCACUCACAGGUCAACACAUUGAGAAUCUAUCUCAGGAGCAACUACUGAUCUAAUUUGGGAGUUUUCCUUGCAGGGACACAGGAAAUGGUGUAAUCAAAUAAAAGGAGAUUAUAAACACCAGCAAGACAGAGAAAAUACUCUCUGCACAGUUUGUAAAUGUAAUCAUGACUUAGCUGCAGCAGCACUCGUGUUCCCAAUGACUGAAAUGACCAGGGAAGAUGUGCAAAUGCUGAACUGGGUCUUAUGGGAUUUGCAACUGAUUGCAUUUGUUUUAAUGUGGUUCUCCUGCUACUUUGAGACUUCAGUCAUCGACCAUAGAACAAUAAAUGUCAUAAAGUGUAUUAGUAUGAUGACAUGGAAAGUGUAACCGCUGCUAUUUUUACACCACUUCGACAGUGGUUUAUUCUUAAACAUCCCUUUUUCACAUCAAAGUUUUAUUUCAUUAAAGAAAAAAAUAAUUGUUCAAAUACCUUCACUUGUAUCCAUUCAGUGCAACAUGAAAUCACUUUUUUGUGUUUCAUUUUCUUAUGUUUUUGUUGAGGACAGUCCGUUUCCUAGCUCUCUGAGGUUUCUGAUCCAGCAGCACCUGGAACUCCUCCACACUCUGCAGGAACGUGUGCUCAAGUGCCAGUGGCAAGGCAUCAUGGGGGAUGUGUUUAUGAGGCUUACCAGCAAAGAGGUAAAACACAAACAAACAGAGAGACUGUUCUGAUAGAAGUAGAAAACAUGAGUGUGUUGCUGAAUGUCUUCCACCAUUAACUGAGCAAAAAAACAUUGACAGAUGCUCUCUGCAGGCAAACAUCAUCAACAACAACAACAACAAAAUACAUACUUAGUAAGUUAUCAGACCUGGCUGCAGGCAAUGAGUGUUACUGGUUUAUUAAUGAUGACACUUCUUUGACCAAAUAAUUUCCCUGCAGUGUUUUGACCACUGUUGGCAAAAUAUCAAAGGAACCUUGUAGUUAAACGAAAUGCAGUCAUAUCUAAAUGCCCAGAUUUCAAAUCUUCAGGGGUUAAAUAAGUGCCUUGAUUAGCCUAAAAUAAGAUAAAAUACUUCUUUAAUCAUCCCACAAGAGGAAAUUCCAAAUUUACAGCAGCGAUAAAUACAAAAGAGAAAUUAAGAAAAGAUAUAUACAUGAGUGUUAUUUACAGCUGUUAUAUACAUUUUUGAUAUAUUACAGUAUGAGAUAUUAUAUGUAUGACUACAAACACAGAAUAAGCAUACGUGUGUAAAGUAUAUACACAUAAAUAUGAUUUUAUAUGUAUUUAGAUCUGUCAGUAUACUGUACCUGUGGUAAGAACACAAAGAUCUACACGCCUGUUUUCUAGCAUGUCAGUCCAAAACUUGUCAUCCACAAUGCAAAGAGUUGUUCCAGACAGUUCUAUGUGGCAGGGUCAGAAGGUUUGGUCUUGUGACCCACCAUGUAUAAUGAAUCUGAAUUGCUUUGGAUGCCAUGACGGACAUUAAAUCAAAUGCCAAAUUCCAGCAGAGCCAUGCAGAGAGCAGGGAUACAGAUAUAGACCAGAAACAAAAGUGUUUCUUGCCAUAAUUGAACAUGAAGACAAAAAGGACACUGAUACUUGGAUUACAAAAAUGAUAAUAACUCUUUGAAAGACCUGACAGCCCACAGGGUGUAAUGGUGCAGAUUCUGCACUGUUUUCAUAUUAAACAAAAAAAUAUAAGUCAGAUGAAACUCUUUGACAGAACUUUAAGGUCUCAUUUUAUGACUGUGAGGACUUUUAGUUUCAAAAAUAUAGGAGUCAAUAAAAUAAAUAAAAAUAAAAUAAAAUCAUACACACAAAAAAAGAUAUAAUAGGAGUCAAUUUUCUCAAAAUGAUAGUUAAGAUGUGUGUUCAUUUAGGGUGUAGAGGGGGAACUGUGAACUCAAACCCAAAGAAGGUGAAAGACGCAGACAGUGAAAAUUAAAUUCACUGUGACAGCAUCUCUCUUUGUCUCCUUUCAGAAUGACUUCCUGGACUUCUAUGUUUCCUACCUAAAGGAGCUUCCAGACUGUCUCUCAGUUGUCAGUAUGCUUUCCUCCAACUCCAUGAAAUCAUCUGCCUUUCUGGAGGUAAAGAUAAGAAAAGCUUGAGUCUUGAACCAAGACACAAUUCUAAUGUGAUUUCAUAAAAUGUUGAAAUGAAGUCAUCUGAGGAAAUGUUGAUGAAUCUUAUCAUUCUCAUAAAGCUUCAGCGGCUGAAUGAGGUCACCCUGCAAAUACAGUAUGUGCUGCAAUGACUUGUUUUUUUCUCUCUCACCUGACUGGUUUGCAUGACUCCAUUUGCUCUGGUUGUCCCAUGAUGCAUCUGUCAGAGCGACAUAACAGGUGAUGAAUCCAAGCCCUCUCUCUACACUUUGCUGCUUCAGCCAGUUCAGAGGAUCCCAGAGUAUCUGCUGCUGCUGCAGGUGAGAUUUAUAAACAGAUUUUCAUUAUAACAGAUUAUAUAUAUAUAUAUAUAUAAAUAUAUUUAUAUAUAUAUAUGUAUAUAUGUGUGUGUUUAUUGCAUAUCUUUAUUGUAUAUAUAUGUGUUUUUUUAAAUUUCCAGAAAUAAAACAGGAACAUGAUAAAAACAAACAUACAAACAUACAUACAUUUGGCUGACACACACAUUUAAAUUCAAAUUUAUACAAGCGAGAGAUUCAGGAGUCAUCCUAUACAAAUAAAAUAAGUAAAAAUAGUACAAAAAAUUAAGUGUACAUUGCCAUGCAUAAAAUGUUUAUAUAGUUAAAGAAAGGUACACAAAGAAAAAAACAUUAACUAAAAAAUAGGACGUCAUUUUUGAAGCGGCACAUUCAUAGCUAUCAAUAAGAAUAACUUUAUUAAUCCCCGAAGGGAAAUUCAAUAUGAUGCUAUGAUACAAACCCUCCCGCAAGAAUGGUAGAAAUAUUUAUUUAACUUUUGAAUGCCAACUUCCUGCACAGGAUCAUAGAGCUUAAUGACAAACUAUUGUUGGGCUACUAAUGCAGAUGACUCUGAACAUAGCAUCUGCUGAAAAGUGUGAGUAUCAAUAAUUAAUCUGUAUGUGUGUGUUUGUGUGCAGGGGCUGCUGAGGCAGACAGAUGCAGAGCACCCAGACUAUUACCUGCUGCUGGUGUGCAUCCAGCAGUUCAGGUCCUUCACGGCUCAGUAUCACCACCUGCUCCAGCACAACCAGGAGCUUCUGCUGCACAACCGCAAGGAGAUGAAGAGGUCAGAACAAUGUAAUAGGAGCAUGCUGAAGACAUUCAAUGUGAAAUAUUCUGAUACCCAGAGCCUGACAUAAUGAGAACAAUAAAGCAGUGUUCUGACUCACCUGCAGGUCUACAAUGAAACAGCUGUUAAAAACAGUUGAAAGUGGGAUUCAAGCCAACAACAUUGGCUCACCAUACCCUUGCAGCAGUACAAUGAUGUGAGUUGUUUUUGUUUGAUGUUUUAAAAAUAGUAUGUAUGAUGGACUGUUUGGGUAACUUGUGCUUAAAAAGCUCUUUAGAUCAGGGUAAUUGAAAUCCCCUAUCCCCAUUUAUCUGUCCCUGCCAGAGAACAUGCAAACCAGGUGAAGCAGAGCAAGCAGCGCCUCCUAGAUCAGAUCCAGUCUCAUCGUUACCAAGCUUGGGAUCGGGACCAGGAUUCAGAGUCUCAUUGUUAUGACACAGAGUGGACUCCUCAGCUCCAGUUUUUCAGUCCCAAUGUGGACCCAAGGAACCACAAGUCAACAGGUCUGUACUUGGAGAAGUUUCUUCUUUUUUUUUCAUCAUUGUAUUAUUUCUUGUAGAGUAAACCUUAAACUUAGGUGUCCAUAAAAAUGCUAUAAAAGUUAUUAGGCUGAGUCAUCUAGGAGAGCAGAUUUGACUGGAGAACAGCAUCUUUAAUAGUGCUGGUGUCCAAAGUUCUCGCCUGAGUCCAAUUAGUUAGCAACAUUUCAUGCUUUCCUUGUGUGGUUCCUGUGGUGUUCCUCAGGGUCUUCCCCCAGUUGGCUGUACCCAAAAAUUCAGAGGUUAUGAAGAAAAUCCAGAACACCCCAGUAAGAUUUUUAGACUCCAGUCAGAGACAAAGUCUUCAAAGUCUUAGGAUGUGGUAUAGUCAGUGUUAUCAUGCAGGCAUCCACACAAGAUCACCUCUGUUGACUUAAAGGCCUCUGUUUCCAUGAUUUUUUGACCCUAUAUGGAUUAUUUCGUACAUCUAGUGGUGAAAGACAUGUAAGCAACUUCUCUUUGUUGCUUGAGAGACAGCAACUCUUUGUUGAAAACACUUAACCUUUGAACUGCAGGUCUAGGCAGUAUCCCAGAGAGUGAGGGAUCUGAACAGGGAACCUUGCUGUAUCAGCAUCAUCUGCCCUCUAGACCUGCAGACUUCCAUCAAGUUCAACCAGGCUCAGCACUGGCAGAUGCCCUCGGGGAGUUCCUCCUUCCUCCAGACCCACCAGGGAUGGAGAGCCUCUAUGAAGAAGAAGGAGACUCUCUUCGUGAUGUCUCCAUGUUUGAUCGCUGCUCCUCUGCCUCCUCUGAUUCGUCCAUUGACAUUGCCUUCGUGAAGUGCCCCAAAGGUUCCUCUGCGUCACAUCAAGCAAUGGCUGUGAAUGUGUCAACAGCUCGUGAUGUCUUUGGCAAUGGUGGGAGUCAGGGGAACGGCUACAAAAAAUUGCCCAACCGAGGGUGUGUGUCUCCAGAUGAAGCUGUAAUGAUGCGGCACAAUCAGCAUCGCCCCCUUCAGGCCAGCCAGCGCAAGAGCAAGGUGGGACAAUUGUUCUCAGGUACAAUUUUCUGCGACUUCAUACAUGUUUUAAAAUCAACACAUGCAUCUUCUUUGCCUGAUAGUCACUGAACGGCCUGCAGAUGGACACCACGGUGUGCCUGGAUGGUAGUCACCUCUCAGACCACCUCCAAAGAGUGGGACUGGGAAACCAUGCCAAGCUGGAGCGCCAGGGGAGCAAAGGCAGCAAAGGAUGUCCCACCCCAUCCCGUAGGGUCCAGAGUCCCCAGGGGAACAGAGCUGAUACAGAAAAACAGCAUGAUGAUCUUCAGGGGAUGCUCAGCAUUGUAGGUUUUGGCAAAGAUGUGAAGAGAAAUUAAUAAGUCUGUAAUUUUUCUGCCCAGAGUGACUGGUAUAAAGUGUCCUUUCCAGAGUCAGCUUUCCCUACUUACACUCCAUAAAAAACACCAAUUUCAGAAACUCCAUAAAUUACAUCAAAUGCAAUAAGACCAUGAAUGAUGUAUUUAAAAUAUUGUGUUGAACCUAGGACUCUGGAUUCCAGUCCUGGGGGGAGGAUUCAAAGUGGAGGGGAGGUGCAGAGGAGAAUAAUCACACCCCCUUCAGUGAGAGGAGCCGGAAGCAGGACAAAGGAGGUUUCCGCAGCUCAUUUAAAAAACUCUUCAAGAAAAAGUAAGAUUGACUCUGCAGUCUAUGAAAAAUACACAUAAAUAUACUGAUACUGUCGCUUCCACCCUGACCAACCAGUCAAGUUGGUUUCAAGCUUUCAUAUUCAGUUAUACCUGCUUGGAAAUAUUACUAAAACCUACAAAAUGUAAGCCCCAAAUUCACUCCAGCUUUUUCCCCUCACAGGAGUGGAGAUGAGAAGAAAGACAAAGGUGGUGACAAAACGCCAGAAAACCAAAACCACAGUGAACCUGAGACACCAGGGAAAAAUCCCAAACUGGUACAUCUGGAGAUAAACCGUGGUACAGCUGUCUGAGCCCCACUGUACCACAAACACAAACACAAAUACUGUCACAAACUGACCAAAGGUUAAGUGUGACAUAUGCAGUAUCAGCACAAUGUAAGGAUUUUUAAAUAUUUACCACUGAUAUAUGAAUGCUGUACAGAUAUUAUUCAUUUAGCAGAACUGUCUUCCCUCUUUUUACUUCCAAGUAAUCCCUCUACCACCUUUUGUUUUUGAACACAACACUUAAUGUGAGGGAAAGCACUGACAUGCCUUUGGUGGGUAUUUGAACACUGAGUCUCAGCCAUUUGAGCUGAGGGCCAAUUUGAAAUACAGUAAAAGUGAAAAUGUGAUUAUAAUUUCAACCACUAGAUGUCAGAGUGGACAAUGCAACUUUCAUUUUCUUUCUGGAUUAUUAUUAUUAUUGUUAGUUUUAUCAAAACAAAAAUUCUAUUUGUUUUGCCUUUUUAAAUCAAUGUUUGCAAUUCUUAGAUGGGUGCAAAACUCAUAGAGAACCUCUGUUUUGCACAAAUAAGUUCACAAUUUAUCCCCAGAGACAGUAAGCUUUGCAAACGCAAGUGCUUUGAUUUAAUUGAAAAACUUCCCACAAAAGGCUUCAACGCUAAACUUUGUGGAGUUCCCUCCUAUCUGUCUAUCAAUAUCUCUUCUUUAAGCCCCAACAAAACGUGAUGAUGUUGUUUGUUAUUUACUGAGGAGAACAUGUAUUGAGCUGGUAUUCCUGUAUGUUUGUAUGUGAUCAGCAUUGGGCUCUAAAGAAAGGUGGUUACUUCUAUGCAUUGAACAUAAUUAUUUUGUAGAGAGUUAAGAGUGUCAUUCAAGAGACAUAAAGGACAUAAAAAAUAAAGUCCCAUAAUGAAACCAA